AGAUUACCCAGUUAAAAAUUGACAACAACCCUUUUGCUAAAGGAUUUCGGGAUUCAGGAGCUGGAAAAAGGGAGAAAAAACGCCACACUACGCUGAUGGGGUCACAGACUUCUCAGAUGCACACAUUGGAGGCGACACAAGGAGGCGUAAGCAGCCAGAACAGGGAGAGUUCAAACCACAAUCCGGAUCCUGAUCCACUAGAUGAUACCAGUGAUGAAGAUGAACGACUCGAUGUAGGUGGCGCUGCUGACUUGAGACCCGCAGUGUCAAAUACAGGGAGUCAGUCAAAAGAAGAAUGCUCCAAAAAAGACACAACAGAAGAUGUUUCAGUCAAUGGUUAUUGUAGCCAAAGCCCCAAACAAACGAGUGCUAGUCCAGGUUCUAAGACCACGCCCGAAAAAUACGAAAGACGCGACAGUGGAAGCUCCACCAGUAGGUCAACCUCCCCAUCAAGAUGCCCGGAUCUUAACUUUGCUAGCUUGACCUUCAACUCGCCCUCCGUCUCGACGGCUCCAUUAAACCAAGUGGUUAGUCAGAACUUACCAAUUGGUCAAGGCCUGCCCCAUCCCCAACUCUUGCCCUAUCUUUACCCUCCAACCUUGUAUCCACACCUCUUCCUACCUUCUACUUCAUCCUUGACUUCGGGGUCGUCGUCUCACUUUUAUCCUCUGUUGGCCCACAGCUACUCUGGUUUGAUAGAUUUGGGUAACAGACUACGACAGCAUCGUUUUGCUCCAUAUUCUAUACCAUCGCUGAGUGGAACAUCAAUGUUGUCGUCUGUGUCUACAACUUCUUUGAAUGAUCCCAUUUCUCACACCCUGUCCUCUUCUUCGAGACAACCAACAUCGCCCGCUUCCGAAGCCAGCAGUUCCGAUGGUUCAACCAAUGACCUCAAAAACAUUGAAAACAUGGUAAAUGGGCUUCAACGAAGACAGGAACAGCUAAAUGUAGAGACUCUCACACGACUACAUGACAAAUAACAACAAUGAUACUGACGAGCGAAGGAUAAAUUUAAAACAAAGAUGUCAGCAAAGUCAUUUUCAGAACAAUUGUACUGAGCUCCAGGAGAAACAGUCAUCAACUUAAUGUCUCAUUACUUUUCUUAGGAUGUACCAUCUGAGGUCGAGUCCGUUUUUUUUGUUUUUGUUUUGUAUGUAGCCUAGAUAACAUCCCACGUUAUUCCUAUCAUAUGUGUAUAAGGAUUAUACACAGAAACCAAAGACACUAUAGCAUAGAAUAUCAACCUCGUUAGCCCAUAAUGCACUUUACUAAAAUGACGU